AUGGUGGUCGUGUCCCCGCAGGAGCCGUCGCUCUACACCGUCAAAGCCGUCAUCAUCCUAGACAACGAUGGCGACCGGCUCUUUGCCAAGUACUACGACGACACGUACCCCAGCGUCAAGGAGCAGAAAGCCUUCGAGAAGAACAUCUUCAACAAGACCCACCGCACCGACAGCGAGAUUGCGCUGCUCGAGGGGCUGACCGUCGUCUACAAGAGCAGCAUCGACCUUUACUUCUACGUCAUCGGCAGCUCCCACGAGAACGAGCUGAUGCUCACGGCCGUCCUCAACUGUCUCUUCGACUCGCUCAGCCAGAUGCUGCGGUACGAUGGGUCCUGGGAGGGCACACAGGCUCCUGGGGGGCACCUGUUGUCCUAG